CCUUAUCAGUUGGGCUAUUUAUCGCUGCACUUUGUCAUUUGUUGAAGUUGGUUGGUUUGAUACAGUUUUAGAGCGAAAUGCCAACACUCCAAAUUAACACGAACGUCUUGGCGAAGGAUAUUCCCAAGGAUUUCUUGAAAACUACGGCAGAAGUUGUUGCUAAAUCUCUCGGGAAGCCGCUGUCGUACGUUGUGGUUCACGUGCACCCAGAACAAAUGAUGUCGUUCGGUGGAACUGAAGAACCGUGCGCCACUGCAAACCUAUACAGUAUUGGGCGGCUGGGGAAGGAAGAAAACAUCAAACACUCUGCUGCUAUUUUUAAGCAUGUCGAAAACACACUCGGCAUCAAAGGGAACAGAAUGUACAUCAAUUUCUUCGACUUGCCUGCCUCGGAUGUGGGAUACGAUGGGAAGACCUUCGCUGCAUGAACGCGGAGUGAUUUUUAACACUUUGUUGAUGUGCCUUUGAGACAUAUAUUUGAAUAAAAAGUAUUUUUUUGAA